AUGUCUUCAAAAGCUAAAGCAAAUACUGUCAAACCUAAAAGACCUCCCUAUGAAGAAAUGAUUCGCGAAGCUAUUAUUGCUUUGAAAGAUCGUAAAGGAAGUAGUCGUCCAGCUAUAAAGAAAUAUAUUACAACCACGUAUCAAAUUGAAGAUAAUCCUACUAUGGCUCAAAGUUUUCGCAAAGCACUUAAAAAAGGUGUCGAUAAAGAGAUUUUUACGUUUUAUAACGGUCCGAAAGGCACUAUCAAGCUCGUUAAAAAAGAUGCAGAAAAGAAACCUCGUUCUGUAACUAAGGCCUCUGACACUAAAGAUGAAGCUGCUAAAAAAACAAAAUCGAAAGUUACUAAACCUAAGCCUGUGAAGAAGACAUCUACAGUUGAAAAGAAGGUCUCUAAACCUGCGCCAGUGAAAAAGACUCCUGCCACGAAAAGUACCACCAGGGGUACCAAGAAAGGUACGAAGGAUACCGCAAAGAGUACUACUAGGAGUACCACUAGGAGUGCUACGAGGAGUACCAGAAAAUCCCCCGCUGCUACAAAAUCAGCUGCAAAAGAUGUUGGAAAAAGUACCAGGGCUUCCACAUCUCGAAAGGCUAAAGCAGAAUCUCCAAAGACUAAGGCUACAAGGAAGAGAGCAACCAGGGCUGGCGCUUAA